GAGUGUACCGGAGGAGGAGCUGAACUGGUUGGAAUAAAAUGCGUAGCAAGCCCUCUGCAAUGGGAAAACGGACUUUGCAUGGUUUUCCCUUUACCUUUGGCAAAAACGAGUGCAGACAGUGCACUGUGCAACCGGUCCUCAGGCCUAGGGGGGCUGGUGCAGUGUUAAGUUUGCAGAGAGGUGAGGUGAAGGUGAGAUGAGUGCAAUUAUAGGGAAAGCGGGGAACCCGUGAUUGCAAACAUGGGAGAGACAUGGAAGCAAGGAUGGCAAAGCAGAGAUUAUAGGGAGAAAAAGUGGGGGAAAGCAGCCAAUUUGCUUUUCCAGCCUUAUUCCUGCAAACAUGUUUUCUUUUUCAAGCUGACAAGCUUACGCAGGUUUGCUAUGUAAUAACACCCGCCAAGUUCAGUGGAAACAGCAAAGAGUCUCGGAGCAGUUUAAAUACUAAAAUAUUAUUGAGGCAUAAGAUUUUGUGGCCUAGUACCCACUUUGGCAGAAGCAUCAGAUGAAGCAAGCUAUAGGAAGCUGCCUUAUACCGAGUCAGACCAUUGGUCCAUCUAGUUCAAUAUUAUCUACACAGACUGGCAGUGGCUUCUCAAAGGUUGCAGGCAGGAGCCCUAUCUUGGAGAUGUCAGGGAGGGAACUUGGAACCUUCUACAUGCAAGCAUGCAGAUGCUCUUCCCAGAGCGGCCCCAUCCUUUGAGGGGAAUAUCUUACAGUGCUCACAUGUCUCCCAUUCAAAUGCAAACCAGGGAAGACCCUGCUUAGCAAAGGGAACAGUUCAUGCUUGAUACAAUAAAUGUUGGUGUUUGAGGUGCUAUGGUACUUUUAUGUCUGUUGCAGCAAAAACAGCAAACAUAGGUUCCUCUCUGAAAGUUGAGUUCAGUAUGACUCCCUUUCUACAAAGUGUGUGUGUGAGCACAGCUUUGGAUGUCCAGGCCACACGUAUCAUGUGUUUAUUUUGAGCUUCUAAGAUUGCCAGAAUUUGGUAUUGGACAUAGAAUUCCAUUUCCUGAGAAUCUCAGCUUUCAUUUAAAAAGAAAAGUACAUUUCUAGCCCAUGUGAGGCUUAGAAAGAGAUCAACAUAUGGCGAAAUCUUCAAAGCCAGUGGUGUGGGGUGGUGCAGUGGGGUGGGCAAGCACGAAUGCAGGCAGUCGAGGAGAAUAGGGCUUUCGGUUGAUGCGAAAUUAUUUGCUCUUCUUAUGUAUAGAAACAGCCAAAUACAUUUUGCAGUGUGGACCAAUUGGCUUAAUUUGAGUAAUUUCUACGCACCUAAGAAGUUGACCUUUCUUGGUACAGAAUUUGGUUUGGCUUCAUGCUAUAUUUUCAGAGGUUGUGGUGGUUUGCUGAAGAAUAUUUUGUUCAUUUCCUCUUCAUUUGUUACGGGCAUCCUGAUUUCCCUUCCUGAAGAGAACCUGCGUUGUCAUUCAGAAAGAGACACAGUGGCUGAUUGUGAGAGGCAGAGUCUACAAUGCAGACCUAACCAGAGGAGACCAUCAUAAAGGUGAAAUUUAACUGUUGAAGAACUGGAGGACAGAAGCAAAUACAAAGGAGAGGGCAGCAACAGCCCCACAGCUGAUGAAGGGGGAGCAGACUGCAGGUGCCCCAAAUAUUGUACGUGCAGGGAGUAUUGGGGAGUUAGAGACUAUGGCAUCUCCGGAGCAUAUUAAGAAAGAACCAGAGGAGGGGCUGGAACAACACUGGGAAGCCCGGUGGCAGGAGUUCCUGAGGACACUGCAGGCCCCUGAGUCAGAAUGGGCAAAUCCACCAACACUGAGGGAGCCCAUGCCAUGGGAUGAGGCAAAGGCUUUCCUAAUCUCCUUUGAGCAAGUAGCCUUAGUGUGUCGGUGGCCUUGGGACAAGUGGAUGGCCCUCCUUCUGCCAGCCCUCAGCAGAGAAGCUGAGCAGGCCUUCAGCAGCCUCAGUGCCCAUGACAGGGGUGACUAUGGGAAGGUGAAGGCCGCCAUCUUGCAAGGGGAGGCCCUCAUGAGGGAGAGACGGCGCCAGCACUUCCGGCAGCUGCUUUAUCAGGACUUGGAGGGGCCAAGGGGCAUUUACAGUCAGCUCCAAGAACUCUGCCGGCAGUGGCUGAGAGUGGAGAGUCACACCAAAGAGGAGAUUCUGGAGGUACUAAUCUUGGAACAAUUCCUGACUGUCCUGCCUGAGGAAAUGCAGAGCUGGGUCAGGAAUGGCAGUCCAGAGACCUGCACUGAAGCAGUGGCCCUGGCAGAGAAUUUCCUCUUGAAGCACGAAAACACCACGAGAAAAGAAGAGGAGGUUCUUGUCUCUUCACAGCAAGAGACUGUGAGUUCUUCUGAGAAGGAUGAAGUUCCACUGCCAGAGAUGUCUGAGCUUUGCAUAGAGGCCAAACAAGAAUGGGAAGCAGAUGAAAACUCCCUUGGUGAUGGGCCUAAUCGCCAUCAGGGUGGGUCUGAGCAAAGACCACUAGAAGAUAUAUUGGUGGAAAGAGGUGACACAUUCCAGUAUUGUGAAGAGGAAAUAAUGUUUAGGAGUCAGCAGGGACCAGAGAAUAAGUGGAGAACUGAACCAAGGGAAAGCAUGGAUGAAACUCUUCCUGUUGACAAAGGUGAUUUUGAUCAAAAAGACAAUAGGGUCUGCUACAAACUCCACCUUUGUCACUGUGGAAAAAGCUUCAGAAGCCACUCAAACCUUAGAGUGCAUGAGAGAAUUCACACUGGAGAAAAACCAUUUCAACACACCAGGUGUCAGAAAAGUUUUAAUAGUGGCUCCAACCUUAUUGCCCAUGAGAUAAUCCAUACUGGAGAGAAGCCUUAUAAAUGCUUGAAACGUGGGGAAAGUUUCUGUCAGAAGGGAACACUUAGCACAUGAGAAAA